AUGGAUAAGACAGAUAUCAGUCAUGUCGAGCUUGCAGAAGACUCCGACAAUAAGUCAUCCCAAAAUGGAGAGAUUGAGCUCUUGAGAGACAAUCAGGUCGUACUCAUACCGGCUCCGUCUGCAGACCCCAAAGAUCCAUUAAACCUCCCCCCAUGGCGAAAGUGGAUUAUCUUAGUUCUUGUCUCGGCAUAUAGUUGCACGGCAGUUGUCCUUGCCUCCGGAAUGGGCCCUAUCUUCUCUGUGGUCGAGCAGGAUUACCCGGGCCAGCAGACCAAAGCCAAUGAUCUCAUGACUUAUCCGACGUUGUUCAUGGGUGUUGGAAACCUCAUCACGAUGCCAUGGGCGUACACGGCAGGCAGGCGGCCUGUUUUUCUUGCAUCAAUGCUCCUCCUUAUCGGGGCUGGUGUCUGGUGUCAGUGUUCCCAAAGCUUGGGAAGCCACAUCGCAGGUCGCAAUAUUAUGUCACUGGCUGCCGGACAAAGCGAAGCACUUUCGCCAAUGAUCGUGCAAGAGAUCCAUUUUCUCCACGAACGCGGUCGCAAACUUGCCUGGUUUAUCUUCAUUCAAAACAUUGCCGCCGGGGUAUUCUUCGUCACCUCCACAUAUAUGGUUUCGGCAUGGGGUUGGAGAUGGUGGUAUGGCUUUUUCACGCUUGCGAACGCCCUGAUCUUCGUUUUAUCUGUCAUAUUUGUCACAGAGUCACACUUUGAGCGUCCUGAGACAGCGGUCCGUGGGCAAUCCACAUUGGAUCCCAAGGUAGUCGACGCGAUGGAAAACAUCAAUAUCAGUGCUCAUGGUACUGUUCUUGAUAUCGACCAGUACGGACCUCGUCGCUGGAGAGACGACCUUAAGCCAAUGGUUCUCAAGCCACGUCUGAGUGAUGUGCCAAUUUUUUAUAAACAUAUCCUCCAAGGCUUCUGCAUUCCAACAAUUUUCUGGCUCUUAUUGCUGAACGGUGCUUUCCUUGGUGUCUACGUUUUUCAAUCGUCAACCUUCUCGAGUAUCCUCAUGCCGCCGCCUUACAACUUCGCAUUCACAUCCCUUGGAUAUGUCCAAGCCGGUCAGCUCGUUAGCUGUGUCAUUUUUCUGCCAUUACUGGGCUAUGGAGGUGAUUUGACCAUCCGUGCUUUCAGUCGCCGCAACAAGGGUCUGUAUAAACCAGAAUACCGUCUGCCCAUGAUGGCUAUUCCAGCUAUCAUUGGGGUUGUCUGCGGUAUUAUAUACGGACAGGCAGCAACUCACUCAGAUGAAUGGAACGUCAGCGCUGUGGUGGUAUCGUACAAUGCCAGCUUCUUUGCAUUCCUUGGAGCCAAUAUUGUUGGCAUUACUUAUGCAGUAGACAGCUUUCCUCAACGUGCUGCACCCUUUCUCGUUGUUAUUUGUGCUGGGAGAGGAUUUAUCUCGUUUGGCUUGAGCUACGCUACAUUGCCAGCUGUUUCUACUCUUGGAUACGAUGGUACCAUGAUUGUAGAAGCUGUGAUUUGUGGUGCUUUGGCUCUUAUUGCUGUUCCAAUCUACUUUUUUGGGCCAAGAAUUCGAGUGCUUGCUCGACGUUUCUUUAUUGAUGAGGGGGAUAAUUAG